UGUCUUCAUCACCCCAAACCCCAAAAUAAAACCUAAGCCUCUAAACUCUCUGCACACAAAGCGACCUUCCCUUCUCCACUUCUCCUGCCUUCAACCUCUCUACUUCGAUCUUCCUCACUCUCUCUCCUCCAACCUCCCUGUCUCCGCCGUCAACGGCGGCUAUUCCGCUUGCAAACACCUCUACUCCGGUAAGCUUUUUUCCUACACUACUCUUGAUUUUCAGUCAUAAAUCGGUGAUCAGCAAAUACUUUCUGGGUGAAGAUAAAGUUAAAUCAGAGCUGCCAUUCUUUUUUCAAUCUUUUGUCCCCUCCUUUUUUCAUGUCUUCUUCAAUUAACUUUUCAAAUUCUAUCUUAAUUUUCGAUUCUCAUACUUAUACGGAGUAGUACUGUCACUCCAAUUUUCUCACAUGGAUAAUUCUAAGAUAUUGUUUGGAUCAAUUACCGAAGAGGAUUUAAGGUCGGUACAAAGUAAGCCGUCCGGGAAUUCUAAAAUACCUUUUUGCACAGAAGAACUCCAGUUCGGUUCAUUAUCUUUGGUGUCAGGAGCAUUAUUGAGCGGUGGAAAUGGAGAAAUUGGAAAGAAACUAACUUCUGUGAAAUCAUCUGAUUCAGUUAAGAAAGAUGAUGGUUCGCCACAUUUAAAAAAUACCGUGCUUGGAUCUGGAAUUGUCGCAAAAGAAAAUGGAAGCAUCCAUUCUUCUGAACAUGUUCAUCCACUGGCUAAUGGCGUGAAACAAGUCAAAGAUGAAAGUCCUGAUCUUGCUUCUGCAUCCCUCACAAAGAGUGGUGGAACUGUUUCUUCACAACAAUUCUCAAGUCCACCUCAAGUUGGUCAAGACAUUAAGUUAAAGGAGAGAUAUUCAAAUGGUGUUCAUGACGCAUCACAGAAGUUUGUGCCUUUGAAAGAUGAUCUGAAAAAAGGUUCUAACGGUAGCGUUGCUUCUACUAGUGACUUGCUUCCCAGGGGCUUGAUCAAUCCAGGAAAUUUAUGUUUCCUUAAUGCGACUUUGCAAGCACUUCUAUCCUGCUCCCCUUUUCUGAAACUCUUGCAGGAACUUAGAACUCGUGACAUUCCUAAGGUUGAAUAUCCAACAAUGAUUGCAUUCGUGGAGUUUGUAUCAGAGUUUGACAUGCCUAAUGGCUUGAGUUCAAAGAUGAGAGAUCUGAGUGUUCUUGAGACUGGCAGGCCUUUUUGUCCUGCUAUGUUUGAAGGGGUGGUGAAAAAGUUUACUCCAGACGUGCCAAGUGGGUUCUCCGGCAGAACGAGGCAAGAAGAUGCUCAAGAGUUCUUGAGCUUUGUCAUGGACCGAAUGCAUGAUGAAUUACUCAAACUUGGAGGGCAAGUUUCUGGCACAGCUUCAGGGAACUCAUCAUGGGUAUCAUCAUCUGAAGAUGAUGAAUGGGAAACUGUUGGUCCUAAAAAUAAAUCUGCAGUGACAAGAACCCAAAGCUUUGUUCCAUCAGAACUAAGUGCAAUUUUUGGCGGACAAUUGAAUAGUGUUGUGAAGGCAAAGGGAAACAAAGCCUCUGCUACGGUUCAGCCAUAUCUCCUGCUUCAUCUUGAUAUUUUUCCUGAGGCUGUCCGCACAAUAGAGGAUGCACUUCGCCUGUUUUGUUUACCAGAGACACUCGAAGGUUACAAAGCGGCAAACACUGGGAAGGCUGGAGUUGUAUCAGCUAGCAAGUCCGUCAAAAUACAAACCCUGUCAAAGAUUAUGAUAUUGCACUUGAUGCGCUUCAGCUAUGGGAGUCAAGGAAGUACCAAAUUGCACAAGCCCGUCCAUUUUCCUCUUGAGCUUGUGCUAAGCUCACAGCUCCUUAUGUCACCUACCAGUGAGGGUAGGAAAUAUAAACUCGUGGCUACAAUCACUCACCAUGGGAGGGACCCCUCGAAGGGGCAUUAUACAGCUGAUGCCCGUUAUCCUGAUGGGCAAUGGCUACGAUUUGAUGAUGCAUCUGUAACUGCAGUACCUACCAACAAGGUUUUACAUGACCAAGCUUACGUACUUUUCUACAAGCAAGUAUAGAACCACAAAAAGUUCAAAGAAAUCUUCUUGUGUGGAAUGUCAAGGUGUUUACGCUGUUGAGGUUAGAUUUAGAAAUCUUUUCUUCCCGUGCUUUUGUUUGGUGUUUACCUCCAUGCCACGAAGAGCAUGUUAGGUACUAAUUUACAUGAAAAGUAAUUUAUGAAAUCUCAAUGUCCCGGUACUCCGGUAGUGAUAGGUUCGUAGGGGAAUUGCUUAUGGUGGAGGGUUGGGUUGCAACAAUUGAUCUAGCAUACUCGAAUAGAGUCGUGUUCUUAUGUAUCAUGUGGAAAAUGUUACUUUUGUAAGUUCUCUGGUUAUUUUUUAUUUUUAUGAGAAGUUCUGGUAGGCUAAAAGAUGUCUUUAACUUCAUUGCUACUUAAUAAUACUUCCUUUUUACUUC